UGCGUCGGGAGCCGGCGCCGCGGGCCGAGGUGAGCGCGCGUGGGCUGGUCAGGCCUGGCCGCGGCAGCCCGGGGUCUGGCCUGGCGCCGCCCGCGUCCGCGCCGGACUCGGCCGGAACUCCGGGAGCGGCGGUCGGGCCGGCGGACGCGCGCCCAAGUGCCCAGGAGCGCGCGCGGGGACGCGGCGAGUGCGGGGGAGGGGCGGCGGGGCUGUGAGUGGACUCUGGGGUCGUGGAGACCCGGUACCCCGGACCGGGCCCUGCGUCCCUGAGCCUGUGGGCCCCUCCGGACUCUCCGGCCACGUCUCUGGACUGGGACCGAAAAGGGGCCCCUCCCUCCUGCCUUCCCCCAAAGGCUGGAAGUGAGCCUCGGGAAGAGGGAACCCGGAUGGGCUGAUGCCCGGAGUCUCUUUCCCGGCGCUGUUGGCGUCGUGGGCGCAGGGUGGAGAACGCAGUGGGCAGCACUGCCCGGCGCCUGGCAGGCCUGGAUCCCCCCUGGCCUCCGGGGCGCUAAAUGCCUGUAGCUUCUCCUCCCCUCCAGCCCUUUGUGACAGCUCCCAAAUCCGCCCCCCAAAUUCAAAGGUUUGCAGCUCUCCUCCCCAGAGCACAGGCUUAGAGCUUCCUGGGUUUGAAUUUGGCCGCCGCUGUGAGCCUCAGAGGUUGCUGACCUGUACACUGUAAUACUCGCCUUGCUGGGUAAUUGUGAGGAUUAGAAACGACUUGAACCGGGCCUAAUAAGGAGCUGAUGCAUAGUGUUAAAGAAAAAGUUCUCAGAGACUCGUUAAAAACGACACAUGGAUGCAGACAUUGGAGUGUUUUGCAGAAGAGCUGUUUACCUGGAAACCCACAGUGAAAACGCUUAACGUGGUGCGUUUCAUUCUUCUACUUGGUCUGGCCUUUUGAAGACCAAGAGAGAACGCUGUAAAAAUGGUCAGGGUGAUGAUGACAGUUUAGAUAUGGUAGUAGUGGUUUGCUCCGUGGCUUCAGGUUUACCAUCUUUCAAAAUAGAUUAGCGUGUCCAUUGACUUGAGAAGAUGCACGGUUGCCUCCGAGGCGUCUCAGGUGGCGCGUGACUUUGUCCUUUUCUGAAACUGCGUCCCUCUCGUCUGCGUAGCAUCACUGUCACUCCCCCUCCGGCGUCCCUGUGAGAGGCUCUGUGAAGACCUGGUUCCCCCAGGGACAACUCCGUCCCAGAAGCACGUCACCUAAAAGGACUUGCCAAGCCAGACGAUGCCCGUGGAGCUGGGGCAGGCUCCAGUCCUGCUGCCGCCACUGGCCAAGGCCAAGGAGUCCGCGUUCUCUGGGCCAGACGCCACCCCUCGCGGGGAGCCCUCCAGCUCUGAGACUGCACGCCAGCUUUUCAGGCAGUUUCCUUACCAGGUGAUGUCCGGGCCCCACGAAACCCUGAGACAACUUCGGAAGCUCUGCUCCCAGUGGCUGCAGCCAGAGGUUCACACCAAGGAGCAGAUCCUAGAGAUCCUGACGUUGGAGCAGUUCCUGACCAUCCUGCCCGGGGAGAUCCAGAUGUGGGUGCGGAAGCAGUGUCCAGGCAGCGGGGAGGAAGCAGUGACCCUCGUGGAGAGCUUGAGGGGGGACCCCCAGAGGCUGUGGCAGUGGAUCAGCAUCCAAGUUCUGGGACAGGAAGUCUUAUCACAGAAGGCGGAGCCUGAAAGCUGCCCACUGGGGGAAGCGGAGGCGCACGUUGAAGUGCCUCAGGAGCUGGGGCUUCAGAACUCAGCCUGCCGGUCUGGGGAGCCACUGAGCCACAUCGUGAAAGAGGAGGCCGACUCGGAACACGGACUAGCCCUGGCUGCCUCCCCGCUUCCUGCCCGACCCGAGGAAAGGCUCGUCAGAGACCAAGACUGUGGAGCCUGCCUUCUCCACACGGCACCUCAGGAGCAGUGGAGGCACCUGGAUUCCACUCAAAAGGAGCAAUACUGGGAUCUCAUGCUGGAGACUUACGGGAAAAUGGUCUCAGGAGGCAUUUCCAAUCCCAAGCAUGACCUGACUGAUCCAGCUGGGUUUGGGGCAGAGCUGACAGGACCACACCUGCACAUCAGCGAGAAGAUCCCAAGACCCACCUGCAUAGGGGACAGACAGGAGAAUGACAAAGAGAACUUAAACUUGGAGAACUACAGGGACCAGGACCCUCAAGCCUCAGGAGAGCCUCCUCAGACUUCCCUGAGUGGCCUCUUCAGCAAGGAUGAGCCGAGAUGCUUUGGAGAAGGAGAGAAUCUCCCCGAGGCCCAGGAGAACCUUCAUGGUGAGGGGACAGGGGCGCAGCUCUCUCCCCGAGAGAGGAGUUCCGGGACACAGCUGGGUCAGCAUCCGCCGCCUCUUCCCGGAGAGCCGUCCGCGCCGUGGCUGGAGGGGAAGAGAGAGGCCUCCCCGCGACGGCAGCCGAGAGCUCCCAUGGCCCAGAGACUCCCUACCUGCAGGGAGUGUGGGAAAACCUUCUACCGGAAUUCCCAGCUGGAUUUUCACCAAAGAACUCACAGUGGAGAGACGUACUUUCAGUGCCCCACCUGCAAAAAAGCCUUUCUGCGGAGUUCAAACUUCGUGAAGCAUCAGCGAAUCCACACGGGCGAGAAGCCCUGCAAGUGUGAUACGUGUGGGAAGGGCUUUAGCGACUUCUCGGGGCUGCGCCACCACGAGAAAAUCCACACGGGGGAGAAGCCCUAUAAGUGCCCCAUCUGUGAGAAGAGUUUUAUUCAGAGAUCCAACUUUAAUAGGCACCAGAGGGUUCACACAGGAGAGAAACCCUAUAAGUGCUCCCGCUGUGGGAAAAGUUUCAGCUGGAGCUCAAGCCUUGCCAAACAUCAAAGAUCCCAUUUGGGAAAGAAGCCCUUUCAAUAGCCAAGCUCUCUGAGCCCAUGUCUGUCUCUCGGUCCAUUUAAAAAUACUUGGCGGGCUUACCUGGUGGUGCAGUGGUUAACAAUCCGCCUGCCAAUGCAGGGGACACGGGUUCGAGCCCUGGUCCGGGAAGAUCCCACAUGCCGCGGAGCAACUCA